AUGGAGGCCAUCAAGAAAAAGAUGCAGAUGCUCAAACUCGACAAGGAGAACGCCCUUGACAGAGCAGAGCAAGCUGAGGCAGACAAGAAGGCAGCAGAAGAGAGAAGCAAGCAGUUAGAAGAUGAGCUGGCGGCUAUGCAAAAGAGACUCAAAGGUACAGAGGAUGAGCUGGACAAGUAUUCAGAGGCCCUGAAAGAUGCCCAGGAGAAACUGGAAUUGGCUGAGAAGAAAGCUGCUGAUGCCGAGGCGGAGGUGGCCUCCUUGAACCGCCGCAUCCAACUGGUUGAAGAGGAGUUGGACCGUGCUCAGGAGCGUCUGGCCACAGCCCUGCAGAAACUGGAAGAGGCUGAGAAGGCAGCAGAUGAAAGCGAGAGAGGAAUGAAGGUGAUUGAGAACCGGGCCCUGAAGGAUGAGGAGAAGAUGGAACUGCAGGAGAUCCAACUAAAAGAAGCCAAACACAUUGCAGAGGAGGCAGAUCGCAAAUAUGAAGAGGUUGCCCGCAAGCUGGUGAUCAUUGAGGGUGAUCUUGAGCGGACCGAGGAGCGUGCUGAGGUGACAGAGUCCACUAUGCGGAAACUGGAGGAGGAACUUAGAAGCAGGGAUCAGUCUUUGAAAGCCUUACUCGCGUUAGAGGAAAAGUACUCCCAAAAGGAAGACAAAUAUGAAGAAGAGAUCAAACUCCUGACUGAUAAACUGAAGGAGGCUGAGACCCGUGCUGAGUUUGCAGAGCGCACCGUGGCGAAGCUGGAGAAGACCAUCGACGAUUUAGAAGAUAAGCUGGCUCGGAACAAGGAGGAGAACCUGGACAUGCACCGCAUGCUGGACCAGACCCUGCUGGAGCUGCACAACCUAUGAAGCACUGCCGUCUGCCCCCACCCCUAUCGCCUGGAUCGCCUUGUUCACCCCCACCACCCCCAAACCCCUCUGCAACCCUCAGUGCCAAAGGAUGUCCCCCUGCACGUUGCCAACACCUGCAGCCAUCUCGUCGGGAGUAGCGGGCAGAACGGACCAAAGAUCGCCACAGGAGCGAGGGACUGAGGUGUAGAGUUCCCUGGUCGCUCACUGCUUUCCCUGAAGCAACUGGUGCCUCCUGUCACCCCUAGACCAAAUGUCUGCACCCUGGCGUUGAUGUGGAGAGGAAGGGUCCCCUUUGCAUACCUCCCAACACCCCACGACGGCACCUGAAGACCUCUCACAGUCCCCAGUGUUAGCGGCCGGGGUGGUGGAAGGAACGGGAAGAGAAUCCCCACGUUUGAGAUAUCUGCAACCUUCACCACGAGGGCCGGGUAGAGCCGCUGCCUCACAGCUCUAGAGCUCCCAGGUUUGAUCCCGACCUCCGGCGCUGCCUGCGUGUGGAGUUUGCACGUUCUCUCCGGGUUUCCCACCGCUGCUCCGGUUCCUCCCCACGUCCCAAAGACGUGUGGGUUGCCCACUGUAGAUUGGGUGGCAGGAAUCUUCCUUGGAUGUCCUCUGUGCCCCCCGACCCUCAACCUACAGUGUAACCCUCCUGUUUUAGCCACCCCCGCUGUGGUGAGAAGUUUCUGCUGUCUACCUCAUCCAUGCCCCUUGUAAUGCGAUGAGAUGAGAUGAGAUGAGAUACCUUUAUUAGUCACACGUACAUCGAAACACACAGUGAGGUGCAUCUUUUGCGUAGUGUGUUCUGGGGGGCAGCCCGCAAGUGUCGCCACGCUUCUGGCGCCAACAUAGCACGCCCACAACUUCCUAACCCGUACGUCUUUGGAAUGUGGGAGGAAACCGGAGCGCCCGGAGGAAACCCACGCAGACACACAGGGAGAACGUACAAACUCCUCACAGACAGCGGCUGGAAUUGAACCUGGGUCGCUGGUGCUGUAGUAGCGUUACGCUAACCACUGCGCUACCGUGCCUGCCGUAUACCCCACCCCUCAGUCUCCUCCACUCCAAAGAAAACAGACCCAGCCUGUCUGAUCUCUCCUCCUAACUGGAACACUCCAUCCCAGGCAACAUCCUGGCGAACCUCUGCACCUUCUCCAGCGCCAUCACAUACUUCCCACAGUGCGGUGACCAGAACUGCAGCGGAGCUCUGAGCAACGUUGUAUAAAGCUGCAGCAUAACCUCCCUCCUUCUGUACUCAAUGCUCUGACUAAUGAAGGCCUGAUGAACAUCCUCUCUGUCCUCUCCAAUGCAACCACAUCCUUCCUACUUCCUCGGAGACACAAGAGACUGCAGAUGCUGGAAUCUCUCCCCUGUAUCCCCUUCCCCAUCUGGUUCCACCUGCCAUGCACCUCUCCCCUGAUGGUUCCCAUGCUCAGCUCCCUUGCAUCAGAUUCCAGCACUGGUAGCCUUUGUGCUGCUGGAAGCCAGCCUCUGUCUUCACCUCCAUGUCUCCAAAUCCCACCCCUUCCCCUCCUCCUCCUCCUCCUGGCUCCAUCUGCCCAUCGUCUUUUAUCCCUCCUGUCCACCUAUCACCUCCCAGCCCCCGUCCCACCACUCCCCCUCCUCUUCGCUGGUCAUCCCCUCUCCACCCUCGUCCCGAAAUGUCGCCCAUCCAUCUUCCUCCACAGAUGCUUCCCGACCCGCUGAGUUCCCCAGCAGUUUGCUUUAUGCAUCCUACAUCCCCGACCCAGUUCCUGGCCACUUGACGUAAAAUCUCCUCAAUGUGGCUCGGUGCCAGAAUCUGUUCGGUGACGCGGGGGGUGCUGUCUGACGCACAUGGGCGCGCAGAGACUCGUCGCUCGCAUUGUGGGCUCGCUGGUCAACUGUGGCAGACCCGUCCACAGUCGACCAUGGUUGGCCUUUCUCUGCCAAGCUAGUGUUCCCCACGCAACCCCCCCCCAAUAUUCUCACACAAAUAGCAGAGGUGACAUCAGCCAGGUUUCCCCAUCUGUGCUACUCUCCAAAGGCUCCAGGUGGGGAUGGAAACUCCAAAGACUCAGGCUAGUUCACUGUCACAUACACCAUGAAAUUCCUUGCUCGCAUAAGGCUCACACUGCACAUGGUAAUAUUAAAUACAAUGAGUGCAAAGCAGCAGAAAGGUGCAUAGUGGUACAAACUGAGGUAGUGCGAAAAGAAAUGCUUCACUGACAUAACAGAAGGUUCGAGAACAUGGUAGCACCCGAGGUGUCACCAGAUACCUGCUUUGAGGGACAGUGGGCAUGUCACUGACCCCAUUUGGCAGGAGAAUGGGUCUCCCCCCGCCCCCCCCCUUGGUGAGAGACGGGGCAGCGGUGGAGGGUGCCAAUACUGGGAACUCCUCUGCACAUCAUCCAUCUCUGAGCAUGGGAAGGGUGCCCGGAUGUGAGAAUACUGAGGAACAGACACAAGCCGGUGAUGCCUUCCCCCUUCAUUCGACACGGCUUACCAAUUACUCUCUCUCCCCCUCGGUUAUGUUCCUUGUGCCUGCAGGUCUUAAAAAUCACCCUUAAUAUUUAAACUUAUAAAGAAAGACGUAUAUUUCUGUGGAGCUGUCUGCAACUUAAGGACGUCUCUAUAGAAAGCCAGCAAAGUUCAUUUGAAGUGUAUAAUAUAUAGGAAAAAAAUAAAUCUAGUUGGGUCUGACAAGUUUCUUUCGAAGCAACUGAUAUUUUUAUAAUACAGGUCUUAGAUACAACAAUAUAUUUAUUUGAACUGUGUGUUAAAACAAUUAAUUAGACCGUCCUGCCACCUUGAGAAAUUAGUUUCAAAGUGCGUGUGACCUGCCGACAGCAAGCACCAGCUGUCUUCAGUGGGAUUAUGUGACUUCUUUUUGAAAGAGAGUUUUGUAAUUUCAAUUUUCAUGUUGCAAUAAAGGACCAAUUUCUGGAAGCUGUUCUAAUAUGCAUUUAAUAAAGCAAAACUAUUGAUA